AUGCGUGAACUAUGUAAGGCCAUGUUCCUGGAAGAAGUGAGGAUACUGGAGGAUAUACUGUUGACCGAGCUUCAAAGAGGUGGGAUACCGCAAACGGCUCGUCCCACCAGUGGAGAUGCAUUAUCUUCAAAUGACAUCCAUCCGGCGAGUGGGGCGAGAACAAUAAGCGACCUCGAGGCUCAAAGUUAUCUCGAGAACCACAAGGAUAGUGUACGACUGGGAGCGAUGGCAGCCGUCCUGCGACAUCGUGAGCACCUCAUGGCCUUAAGGCAGAUGGAGAAGCUGAGAAGCUGA